AGCCACAAAGGAAACGGACAGUGCAAGAUCUCGUAGCAUGCCAAUGUCGCCAUCUGAUUUUCUGGAUAAAUUAAUGGGUAGGAUGUCAGGCUACGAUGCAAGAAUUAGACCAAAUUUCAAAGGCCCUCCAGUUAAUGUCACAUGCAACAUUUUUAUAAACAGCUUUGGAUCCAUUGCAGAAACAACCAUGGACUACAGAGUGAACAUCUUUCUCCGACAGAGCUGGAAUGAUCCACGUCUUGCAUAUAGUGAAUAUCCAGAUGACUCCUUGGACUUAGAUCCCUCAAUGUUGGAUUCGAUUUGGAAACCUGAUUUGUUCUUUGCUAACGAAAAAGGUGCCAACUUUCAUGAAGUUACAACAGACAACAAGUUAUUACGAAUUUUCAAAAAUGGAAAUGUUCUUUAUUCUAUCAGGUUGACUUUAAUACUAUCCUGUCCAAUGGAUCUCAAAAAUUUUCCAAUGGAUGUGCAAACUUGCAUAAUGCAGCUGGAAAGCUUUGGAUACACCAUGAAUGAUCUCAUUUUUGAAUGGCAAGAAACAGGAGCUGUACAAGUAGCAGAAGGACUCACUCUGCCACAGUUUCUGUUGAAAGAAGAGAAAGAUUUAUGUUAUUGCACCAAAAACUACAACACAGGAAAGUUUACAUGCAUUGAAGUCCGUUUCCACCUUGAAAGACAGAUGGGUUACUAUCUCAUUCAAAUGUACAUUCCAAGUCUCUUGAUUGUCAUUCUCUCCUGGGUAUCAUUUUGGAUCAAUAUGGAUGCCGCUCCAGCCCGAGUAGCUUUAGGUAUAACAACUGUACUGACCAUGACAACACAGAGUUCAGGUUCGAGAGCAUCACUCCCAAAGGUGUCAUAUGUCAAAGCAAUUGACAUCUGGAUGGCAGUAUGCCUGCUCUUUGUAUUUUCUGCACUUCUGGAGUACGCAGCUGUAAAUUUUGUGUCAAGGCAACAUAAAGAACUCCUGAGAUUCCGACGGAAGAGGAAGAAGAAUAAGGAUGAUGAGGUAAGAGAAAGUCGAUUCAGUUUUACAGCCUAUGGAAUGGGACCAUGUCUGCAAGCAAAAGAUGGAGUGACUCCAAAAGGGCCAAGUAAUCCUGUUCAAGCUGCACCAAAAAGCUCUGAUGAGAUGAGGAAGGUAUUCAUUGACCGGGCCAAGAAGAUAGACACCAUUUCCAGGGCUUGCUUCCCAUUAGCCUUUUUGAUUUUCAACAUUUUUUACUGGGUCAUCUACAAAAUCAUUAGGCAUGAGGAUAUUCACCAAUAACAAGAUUAAGGCUUCUAGUACAUACAGUUUGGGCUGGCAUAUUCAGCUGGAGGUGUUCCAUUGCAAAUGUGUGUGCAGAUACUGACUGGGCUAGUUAAAAGGCACAGAGGGGGAAAAAAAGAUUUCAUUUGACUUGCUAUGCAAAGUCACAAUGGGAUUGAUGAAGACUGGCACCCAAGGAAGAUGCAGUCUGCUACUACAAAAAUUUAUAUGCAUUUACUAAAUGUAAUCAACUUUUUCAUAGUAAAUCACACUAUAUGAUAGCUUUACUGCCAACGUGUUUAUACAUACUGUUACAUAGUGGGAUAAUUGUACGGUACUCUUUAAAGUUCCUUACGAUUUUUUAAUUCAUUUGUAUUUUUAAAUUACAAAAAUGGGUCCAAAAAUGUCUCGG